AUGAGCAAAAGCUCAUUUACCAGGUCUCAGAGAAAAGAUGUAAACUAUGGCACUACUCUUGAAGAAACAGAUAAUGCUAAAAUAUCAGAUAGUAAUUUAACUCCACAGAUAACUAUUGAAAAUAGAGAAUUGUUAUUAUAUGAACCAGAAUUAUAUGGACAACAAAUAGAUAUGGAAGAAGCAGAAACUAUAGAUCUCAAAGUUCAAAUAAUUCAAGACACAUUUAAAGGUUUAAGAAACAACAAAGAAAAUGAAUGGCAAGUUAGAAAACAUAAAGACAAAUAA